AUGUCUGCUCACUAUGACACACCCUCCUGGAUUGCCAUUACUACACCACCCAUUACCAUUCUUCACUUACUCAACUCACCGAACCACCCAAAGGCCCCGCCGCCGACUGCUUUAUCGCCAAUCUCUCCGCCGGCUCAUAAUCGCUCCGCUGCCUCCACCUCUGGUGUGUCCCCUGAUGCUACUUCCUCUUCGCAUCGCCAAGACCCACCUCCACCGCCGACUAAGGCCCCUCGCCGACUCGCCCCCCGCAGCCAGCAUGGGAUCUUUUGCCCAAAGAAAUUAUUUGCCUCGCAGGUUGGUCCUCCUGUCGAGCCCACUUCGGUCAGGCAAGCGCUCAAAGACCCCCGUUGGAAUGCGGCUAUGCGGGCAGAGUUUCAUGCUUUGCUCUUGAUGCUCUAA